AUGGGUCAGAUAGCACAACAAAUAGCAGGUUCUCGAACACAAGGUUCCUUACCUAGUGAAACAUUACAAAAUCCAAGAAAUCAUGAUAAUGUUAAUGUUGUCACGCCGCGAAGUGAGAAAAUUGCUAAAGAUGAAGAAGUUAUACCACCAAUAAAGCCAGUUGAAGAGAAAAAUAAAAAGGAGCCUAAACUUGUGAUUAAGUUACCCUACCCUCAGAGAGUAACAAAGAAGGAACCUAGAGAGACAGACUUUGAGAAAUUCAUUAUAAUGUUUAAAAAGAUAGAGAGUCAUAUGCCUUUUUUUGAAGCACUCGAGCAAAUGCCCAUGUACACAAAAUUCAUGAAAGAGGUAAUCACCAAAAAGAGACCAAUAGGAGAUGGGUCGGUAGCCUUAAAUGAAAAGUGUAGUGCAAUAUCACCAGGUAGGAGAAUCCCAAGCAAGCAGAAGGAUCCCGGAGCGAUCACAGUCCCAUGCACUAUAAAAGACAGAACUUUCAAAAAGGUACUAAUUAAUUCUAGAGCCAGUGUGAGUCUGAUGUCACUGGAAAUCUACCAAAGGCUUGGUAUUGGAAAUGUCAGUAAUACAAGGACAAAUCUGAAGUUUGCAGACCACUUCAUAAAGAAUGCAUAUGGGAUGGCAGAAGACAUACUGAUGACAAUAGAAGAAUUAAGUUUUCCUGUUGGUUUUGUGAUCAUAGACAUACCUGAGGAUGAAGAAACACCUAUUAUUUUUGGUCGACCAUUCAUUGAAGACAGGAAGCUAGAGGUAGAAAAAGAAAAUCACUAUCAAGUAGGCAUGAUCAGGACAGAUGUGAAAAGCCAAAGUAACAUACCAACAUCAGAAAAAGACUCAAGAAGGCCUUCUCAACUACUACCACCUCCAUUAGCAACUCCAAGUGAAAAAAUUCCUGUUCCCAGUCCAAAAUCUACAAUAAAGAGAGUGAAGCCUUAUCACCAAGGACAAGGAACUAGCCUGUUAGGUGAUAUACAGUCUCUUAACACGGGGAGAGAGAAGGAGAUACAUGCAAUGGAAGAAGAGUCGAUACAGAGAAUGUUACCCUGA